AUGGCAGAAGAGGGAGAGAAUUUGGCCUUGUCAGAAGGAUAGGAGAGAUAAAGACCAGGCCAAAGAGAUAGAGGGAAAGAGAAAGGAUAAGGAGGUGCUGUCUAAAGAAGAGCAGCGCAGGCUGAGGAAUGAGAAGGCCUUACAGGAACACCUGGACAGGGUAAAGAAUCCGGAAUUGACAGGCAAACAGACCAGACAACCACAAUGUAAAGAUUACUCUAUUUUCACUGCAUCAGGGCUAAAGAGCAAGGACCCGCAUGAUCAACAGUCAGCAAAAUGCAAAGAAUUCUCUGUGUUUUCCACAAGCAGUCAAGGCGUGGCCAAGGUCCCCCAGGUUCUGCAGGUCAAAGUGAGUAAUAAAAGUGAGAGUGUCCAAAAGAAAGAUGGGAAUGACAAAGUAACAGCGCCAAAGACAGAGGCAGAGCUCCUUAUGGACAAAUUUGAGAGGAUGGCAGAAGAGGAGAGAAUUUGGCCUUGUCAGAAGGAUAGGAGAGAUAAAGACCAGGCCAAAGAGAUAGAGGGAAAGAGAAAGGAUAAGGAGGUGCUGUCUAAAGAAGAGCAGCGCAGGCUGAGGAAUGAGAAGGCCUUACAGGAACACCUGGACAGGGUAAAGAAUCCGGAAUUGACAGGCAAACAGACCAGACAACCACAAUGUAAAGAUUACUCUAUUUUCACUGCAUCAGGGCUAAAGAGCAAGGACCCGCAUGAUCAACAGUCAGCAAAAUGCAAAGAUUUAUCCAUCUUUUCAGCUGAUGCUCAGACGCAGCAGUGCAAAGAUUUCUCUGUGUUUUCCACGAGCAGUCAAGGCGUGGCCAAGGUCCCCCAGGUUCUGCAGGUCAAAGUGACUAAUAAAAGUGAGAGUGUCCAAAAGAAAGAUGGGAAUGACAAAGUAACAGCGCCAAAGACAGAGGCAGAGCUCCUUAUGGACAAAUUUGAGAGGAUGGCAGAAGAGGAGAGAAUUUGGCCUUGUCAGAAGGAUAGGAGAGAUAAAGACCAGGCCAAAGAGAUAGAGGGAAAGAGAAAGGAGGAGGAGGUGCUGUUUAAAGAAGAGCAGCGCAGGCUGAGGAAUGAGAAGGCCUUACAGGAACACCUGGACAGGGUAGAGAAUCCGGAAAGGACAGGCAAACAGACCAGACAACCACAAUGUAAAGAUUACUCUAUUUUCACUGCAUCAGGGCUAAAGAGCAAGGACCCGCAUGAUCAACAGUCAGCAAAAUGCAAAGAUGUCUCCAUGGUUACUGCAACUGACUCAAAGAAUCUGAACCCUCAGAAGGACCAGCCAGCAAAGUGCAAAGGUAAAGACCAGGGCCCGGUUUCCUGA